AUGCCUAAUGCAAAGCACCAUAAGAAUCAACGCAACGUACAGGAGGCUGUUGAUAACGAAGUGGUAAAUAAUGGUGAACGGCAUGUAAACAACAACCACAGGGAACGGGUAGAACAACACCAGGAGCCACCGCAGCAACAGCAGCAGCUGCAUCAUCAUCAUCACCAGCAUGAUGGAGACAACGCUGGAAGGUUUCAACAGUGUUGCGUACCUACCGGCUGCAUGGAUGAUCCUAUCGAUGUUACCGAUCCGUACGAUGCGGUGCGUGUGGUGUGUAAUAAUGAUGGCUGCACCGAAGGGAACUGGAUGCACAAGGAGUGUUUCAAGCUUUGGGAGCAGUCUGUUCUGUCCUUUCUGAGAUCUUGUGGACGGGCCCGAAGUUGGAGCGAGAAGCAGAGACUGCAGAAUUUGUGGACCAAGAAGGGGUACGAUCUGGCGUAUAAAGCUUGUGAUUGCAAGUGCAGUCGUGGACAUUUGCGCAAGGAUCUGGAUUACAUACCCCCACCACUGAAUGAUAAUGCCAGGAAAAUUCGAAAGAAUAAGAAGAAAAACGAUAAGCCGAUGCCAGUUGUGAGCACCAACCACAAGGCAGGGUAUAAUGUUGGUCAGCAUCAUCAUGGUCAGCCAGUUGACAACCACAACCAUCAUCAGCAGCAGCAGCAACAGCCUGUGGAUAACAUUACCAAGUUGCAGAAGAAAGACCCACAGGUGAACAACCAUCCUGCUGUAGUUAAUGGCACCAAGCGUCGUGGAAGUGACAACACUGUCAACAACAAUCCUUCUGCAAAAUCAACCACAGCCAAUGGUAAUAGUGUUACCACGGUAGCCAGAAGUAGAAAUAACAGUGUGGAUCAAAAUGACACCAACGACAAUGAAAGCAUCAGCAACAUCAUCAUCCAGAAUGGUAUAGUCAGUGUGGCUUUCUCUGGUGGCACCUCAGUGCUGCCUAGCAACGGCCUUCGCCUGCGAACCAACAGCGUCAGCAGCACUGGAAGUGCUGGCAGUCAAGGUAGCAGCAGUGGAAGCAUCCCCAGCUCUGCAGGGUCAGCCUCGCCCUUGUCCACCUCACCAGUUAAUGGAAAUAUCUUUCUGAAAGGCAAGAAAGUGGAUAAUUUUGACACAAACCACACUGGCAUGUUUCGCCAUCGCCAUGAUUUCUCGGCCUUCAGUUCGUUACCCCGCAACAAACAGAACCCUUAUAACAUUCAUAUAGAAGACAUUCAAGAAGAUGAGGAUACCAGGAACUUUGUCCUCAGCAACCUGACGAAUAAACGUAUGACAGCCCUACGAUGUGUCCUGUGCAAGACACAGCUGCCAGUCUUUGAUAGGUUCCCUCUUGUCGAUGGAACAUUGUUCCUUUCUCCUCAAGCCUACGACCAGUUUGUUGUUCAGGUCAUCUGGGAAGGAAGGAUUCAGUUCCUGAAUGCAGUCUGCAUCAAUUGUCUUGAAGGAUCAUCUGAAGCUAAAUGCUCAUCCUGCAAGACCCUCUGGGAUGGGACAUCCUUUGUUGUGGGCACCAUGUACACAUAUGACAUUUUUGCGGCUAUGCCUUGUUGCCAAAAAAGGCUCACCUGCAAACACUGUCACCGAGCAGUCAUCGACAUUUCUGUGGGCCUGGAUUACUUUAGUCAGUACAGCCGCAUGGUUAUAUGCCCCUUCUGCAAAGCCAAUGACUACCACUUCAUCAGGUCCCUGAACGACACAUUUACCAUCAAGGAAUCUAUAUGUGGACAAUGCUAG